CUGCGAGCAGCCCGGCCACAGGGACAUUACGAGGCUGGAGCGCGCGGCCCACCCCCAGGCCGGCUGGACCAGCGCCGGGAGGGGCCGCCUCUCUCCGGCCCGACUGUGCUCUGCAUCCCAGCUGGCGCCCGGAGGCCCCCGCGGCUGCGGCCUUGGCCAUGGCUCUGCUCCGGCCGGCGCUGCUCCUGGCCGUGCUCCUCACGCCCGUCUUCGGCCGGCGGCCACCAGACCAGGACCCACCGAUUAAGAGCCUAAGGAUGGAUCCAGAAAGAAAAAGACUGACCUGGGAACUCCACGGAAAUGUUUCUGAAGUAACGUGUUCCAUCAACGCGAAAGCUUUCACUAAGGUACGGAAUAAGACGUACUGCAGUUUUCUCAACUUGCCGUGCCAAGUGACAAACUACAGCAUCCAGGUGACCAAAGGUCAGCCGUUCUCUGCAUGGAUUCUGUACCCUGAGGAAGGAGGGACCCCGAGGGCGGCCGCGGAAAACCUGACCUGCUGGGUUCACGACACGGAUUUCCUGACGUGCAGCUGGGCAGUGGGCCGGGAGGCCCCGGGCGACGUGCAGUACCAUCUCUACCUGGAGAACCCAGAGUCCCACCGGCAGUGGCCGUGUGCCCGGUACCGCAGGGACGCGCGGGGGACAAACGUCCAGUGCCGCUUCGACGACUUCUACGUUUUCUCCAAGACUCAGACCCGCUUCCUGGUCAAGGGCACCAGCAACAGCUCCCACGUCCCCUGCUUGGAUACCAUGGACAGAUUAGCAAAACUGGAGGUGUUAGCUGCUCCCAAUGUCACCAGCAGGUGGUGUAACCACACCUACUCCUUCAUGCAGUGGUGGGUGAGAAGUCACCUGAAUAAUGACUUCAAGUACGAGCUGCAGAUACAGAAGGGCAUGAACCUCGCCUACAAACAGGAGACCCAAGAAAGCUUCUUGGAGCUGAGGAACCCCGGAACCUACACGGCGAAAGUAAGAGCCAUGGAUGCCACGUUCUCCUACCAACCGUGGGGCCCGUGGAGUGUCCCCCAACACUUCGUGUGUGCGGGCGAGCGCGCGCGCCUCCCCGUCUGGCUGGGCGCCCUGCUGGUCGCGCUGGGCACGCUGCUGGCGCUGGGGCUCCUGCUCCUGCUCUGCGCAAGGUUCUCGGUCAGGCAGAAGCUGUUCCCUCGCAUCCCUCACAUGAGACCCCCCACCAGUGACAACCUUCAGAACGGAAGCAUGAUAGCCUGGGACCCGGACCAAGACAGCCAGGAGGAGUGUCCGGUGGCCGAGGUGCAGGUGUUGGGGGAGAGAUGACGCUUCCGCCCGCCGGGGACGCACAGGCUGCUCGCGGCUGCACCUGGACGGUUUCAGCGGGGUGGGGGAUGGGAAAGCCCAGUGCCAUUCACACGGGGCCGCCUGGGGGAAGGACAAAUAAAUCCUGUGGUGUGCUCCUGUCUCAAAUAAAGGGCUUUUUCACCCGUCCCUGGCCCCUGGAGGGGGGGUCCCCCCGCAAUACCGCUGGGACCCCCUGUCCA